CGAGAAAGUGUGUUUUUCAGUUUUUGCGAGAAAAUGCAUUUUUUUUGUUAUAGCGGAAAAUGUAUAUGCAAAAAAAUAGAAUUUACGGUUUGAAAUUAAUAUUUUUAUUUUAAAAUGUCAUUUUUGUCAUUUAUCAUUUUGGACUGAACUAGAUGCAUCUGCAUCUAGAUGCACUAUCAAGACUCACAUUCAUUUGGAUGAGAAUUUGAAAUGAGUUUUUAAAAAUUCAGCUGGAUGAUCCAUCUAGAUGUAGCAUUAUAAUGCAUAAAACGAACAUCAAUUUGCAUCUUCAUCCAGAUGGAUCACCUGGGUGAGCAGACGAACAGGGUCUAUCAUGGUAAAGCUAGAGAAACAGUAUGCGCUCACCUUAAAUAAUCCACCUUUGCAUUGUUUUAAGAAAAUAAGUCAAUUAGCCCAAAAUCCUAUUAGAACUUAGUAAUUAGGAAACUACCCAUGAAACAUUUUGUGUACGUUGCAAGUGGAACAAAGCAAAUUACCAAACAGUCCUUCAGUUGAUUUAAACAGAAAAAUUAAAAUAGGCCGACUUCCAAAAGAUUAAUGGGGAGAGGGGCUAGUAAUUAAUCAUUAAUCUAGGUCUUAUCUCCUCUCUACUUUUUUUUUUCUGGACUAAAUCCUCUCUACUUUUUUUUUCUGGACUAAAUCCUCUCUACUUUACGUUGUCUAUGAAAAAUAUGCAAAUUUAUGGAAAUACCCAAUACAGUGUUUUUGGGAGUUUGGCAAACUAUUUAUGAGCGUGUAUUUUACCCUACUGUGUAUUUUACCCUACUAACCCUCUCUUUGCUAGCAGAAGAUUUUUUUUUAAAAUUUCUGGAUACCAUUUCCAAAUAAACUCCAUCAGAGUAAAAAUUUACAACCAAUAUAACCUCCGUAGAAAAAUUAAAUUUUUUGUUUGAACAACUAAGAGAAAAAAUACAUUUUUAAACAGAUAAAUCGGAAAUGCUUUAUGAGAGAAUUUGAAACAUGUGUGAAACAGACGAGAUUAUGUUUGUACGGUGGUUGAUAGGUCAUAUAGGGUCUUCGAGGGGAUCGGAGGAGGAAGAAAACAGAAAGUAGGGUUACAGUUUCAAUUUCAAUUUGGGAAAAAAAGGGGCUAUAGGUAAUGAACACGUAUAAGGGAAGUCGACCACUUCCGAACAUACGUUUAACUACAUAACUACAUCAUUUUUUUUUUUGUAAAAGGGCUUUCAGCUACAUCAUGUUUUAUCGUUUAGCUUUUCGAUUCACAUAUAAUAUAUUGAAACAGAGGGAGUAUAUGUUAGCCGGCUAAAUGCAUUAAUAGAUUUGCAUGAAAAUUUAAUACAUUUUUAUCGAUGGUAACUGAUAUGGUUAGAGAAAAUUUUAUCCAAGACAAAAAGAAUAAUAACUGGCUAAAUUUUGUUUAGGCCAUCUAUUAAUGUAUGUAGCCGGCUAACAUGUAUAUAUUCUAUAGCACAAAUUUUAAUAUAUUUUUUUAACAAAAUUAGUUAUUUGUUUUUAUUGAUAUAGGAAUUUAUAGCAGGCCUUGAACGAAGAAUUAGCAAGCUAUUUAAGUGUUUAGAUUUAUAGAGGAAUUUGUAGCCCGAUAUAAAAUUUGGUAUUUCUGAUGAUGAUUGUUAUGGUUUAGAACAAAUUUUAUAUUAGACAAAAAAUUAAUAUCCGCCUAAGUUUUUUAUAUAGGAAAUAAAAUCAAUUAUGUCGUGACAUAAUACAAAAAUAAGAAUGGGUUUUGUGGAAUCUGAUUGGGAUGGGUUAUGUAGUAUGGUUCGAGGCCUUUUGAUGUUCAUGGUUUUUGUUUCUUAAUUGCUUGUGGUCUAGCCAGCUUGUCUCAGACGGAGACGUAUGCAAAGCUUCUAUUUAAUCCGAAAAUUGAGAUAGAUGGAGAGACGAACAUAAGAAUAUAUAUAGCAGAAAGGCUUAGAUAGGAAUUAUCGAAAUUGAAGGUUUUAAAGAACAGGGAUAGGUUACAACUUGUCUGACAAUAAACUUUACGUGUAACUAUAGUUAAUCCGAAAAUUGAAAAAAGAAAACCAAAAAAAAAUCCAUAAAUUACUAUAGGGUUAAAAUCGUCCAAUAAAUAUCGAUAAUAACGGAGAAGUAAGUCGAUGGGUAUUGAGCUAAAUAGGGUAAAGUGCUAAUGUGUGGAGUGCAAUUUCUCAAAAUAAAAUCAGUUUCUACUUUCUAGUUUCCAUAAGGAAAAUAAAAAUCGAUGGAACCGUCUCUUGAGCAUGUGAUGCUCGUAUCUUUCCCAGGCCAAGGGCACAUAAACCCUCUACUUCGUCUCGGAAAGCUCAUAGCUUCGAAAGGCCUACUUGUCACCUUUGUCACCACAGAGCAGCCAUGGGGAGAGAAGAUGCGUCAAGCCAACAAGAUUCAAGACGGCGUGCUCAAACCGGUCGGUUUAGGUUUCCUCCGGUUCGAGUUCUUCAACGAUGGGUUAGCCGACGAUGACGAAAAAAGAACCAAUUUCCAAGCCUUCCGACCACACCUUGAACUUGUCGGAAAACGGGAGAUCAAGAACCUCAUCAGGAGAUACGAGCAAGAGGAAAAGCAACCUGUGAGGUGUCUUAUAAACAACGCUUUUGUGCCGUGGGUGUGUGACGUGGCUGAUGAGCUUCAUAUCCCUUCGGCUGUUCUAUGGGUCCAGUCUUGCGCUUGUCUCACCGCUUAUUAUUAUUACCACCACCGGCUAGUUAAGUUCCCGACCAAAACUGAGCCGGAGAUUAACGUUGAAAUCCCAAGCUUACCUUUGUUGAAGCAUGGCGAGAUCCCAAGCUUCCUUCACCCUUCAUCUCCCUUUGCAGCUUAUGGAGAAGUCAUUUUAGACCAGCUCAAGCGACUUGUAAGCCACAAGCCUCUCUUUGUUUUCAUAGACACUUUUCAAGAACUCGAAAAAGAGAUCGUCGACCACAUGUCUAACCUCUGUCCUCAAGUCAAGUUUAGCCCUCUCGGUCCUCUCUUCAAGAUGGCUCAAACUAUAAGCUCUGACGUUAAGGGAGACAUCUCCGCGCCAGCGAGUGACUGCAUGGAGUGGCUCGACUCGAGAGAACCAUCCUCAGUCGUUUAUAUCUCCUUUGGCACUAUAGUCCACUUGAAGCAAGAGCAGUUCGAGGAGAUCGCUCAUGGUGUUUUGAGCUCUGGUUUGUCCUUCUUAUGGGUGGUCCGGCCUCCUAUGGAAGGUUCAAGUGUGAAACCAUAUGUAUUGCCUCGUGAGCUUGAAGAGAAAGGGAAAAUCGUUGAAUGGUGUUCACAAGAGAGAGUGUUGGCUCAUCCUGCGGUUGCUUGCUUCUUAAGUCACUGCGGAUGGAACUCGACAAUGGAGGCUUUGUCUUCGGGAGUUCCCAUGGUCUGUUUUCCGAUGUGGGGAGAUCAGGUGACUGAUGCUGUGUACUUGGUUGAUGUUUUCAAGACAGGAGUGAGACUUGGCCGCGGAGCGGCUGAGGAGAAGAUUGUUCCGAGGGAGGUUGUGUCGGAGAAGUUGCUUGAGGCCACCGUUGGGAAAAAGGCGGUGGAGAUUAGAGAAAGCGCACGGAGGUGGAAGGAAGAAGCGGAGGCAGCCGUGGCGUACGGUGGAUCAUCGGAUAGGAACUUUCAAGAGUUUGUGGACGAGUUGGUUACGAAAUCUAUGGUGGCGAGAAAAGACAACGGAGAAUACUCAUGAUGAUGUCACGUAAUAGUCCAAAUUGUUGAUGUAACUCCGAAACCUAGACACCACUACAGUAUGUCAGUAUUCAUAUUAUCUUUUUCUUUUUCCUUUUGGGUAAAUAACACAUCAAAUCCCAUCUCAUGCUCUAGUGAUGUCGAUCUAUCAAUUUUUACAUUCUAUUUCAUCA